UUCUUGGUUGGUGCGGCUGUAACGAACCCAAUUUCCCUCGGGAUCAGUAAAGUCUGUCAGGAGCGGAUGAGAUGAGGCUGCCCUUCCUGCCAUCGCCACUGGGGGGCGGGAACGGGCAAUGGGCCUUGGGUCUCCGCUGAAGCCUGAAGUAUCGUAGGGAAGCAGCCCGUGUCCAGCGCAGGGAAUGCCCUCACCGCCCAACCCGAAACCUUGCUCAGACACGAUGAGACCUGCCUGCUGCCUCGGGAUGUGCCCGGAGCGGGAGCGGUCCGAGCGCCAGAAGCAGGGUCGGCUGCACCGGCUGGAGCUGGUGACGGGAGCGGCGGUGAAGGAGUGGAGGCGGCCGGCGGCAGGUUGCGAGGCGGUGGCCCCGGGGGAUCUGCGGCCGCCCGCCGUGCUGCUACAGACGGUGAGGCACCUGAUGGAGAAGGUGGUGCCGCGGGCUGAGCUGGGCCCCGAGCCCUGGCCCGUGGUCCACGACUUCGUGAUGGACCGGCUUCGCAGCGUCCGCCAGGACCUGGCCGCCCAGCGGCUCGGGGGAGGCGCGGCCGCCGCCAUCCUGGAGCCGAGUCUCCGCUUCCUGCUCGUCGGCCCGCCGCCCUACCACCCCCGGCCGAGGGAGCCCGGCUCCAUCGAUGCCCAGGUGCGCGAGUGCUUCAGCCGCCUACUCGCCACGUACAGCGAGGGCGAGCAUAAAAACCAGGCGGAGUUCGAGGCCCUAGCACUGCUGUACGACCUCGGAUCGGAUAAAGCUUUGCAUCAUGCCUUGCAGUUGCCUGCCCGCAUCCAAGACUCGCCUGAGAUGAAAGUGGCGUUUUCCAUUAACCGCGCCUUGGCCGAGGGGAACUAUGUGCGCUGCCUGCGUAUGGUGCGUCGCCUCCCCUUCCUGGAGAGUUGUGCCAUCUAUCGACACAUCUCGAUGCUCCGACACCGAUUGCUUCGUGCAUUUAGCCACGGUUAUAGUUGCCGCAACUGUCGCUACCCUCUCCGGACUCUGGUGGAACUGCUGGCCGUGGACUCUCAGGACAUUGCUGCUGACCUCUGCCAACGACACGGUCAGCAGGUGACAGGUGACUCGGUCUGUUUCCAGAAGAGCAGCUACAGGGACCCUGACACCAAUCCUGGACUUGAGGAGCUGGAGCUGGUAACCAGAAAGCGAGGAAACAGGACAAGGUCAAGUAUUAUCCAAGCCACAGAGUGACAGCAGCUGAGCUCUGAGUAAGCAGGGCUUGUCAUCUGCUGGCCUUUCGAUCAGCCCUAGACAGGGAUGGUUCUUACCUGUUUCCCUCCACUCUUUCACUGUGAUAGGUGUGGUAAGGGAGGAUAUUACAAUCAGAUGAACUGUGCUAAACCCAGACUGACGAGACCAAGGGGAUGCCCCCGCUAAGGAAACUUGCUCUGAAUCUAAUUUGUGCUAUCCGUCUGCUGGGGUGUUUGAAGGCACAUUUUAGGUGGAACUUUAGUUUAUGUCCAGUCCUGUUUGGGAGAUGUUUGAUGGGACAAUACAUAGUUUUCCUCCAUGUCUGACUCAAGUUGACCCUUACUGGGGGUAUUUGACUGUCCAUCCAAACUGUUCGAUAUCUGUUCUGGGAGUGUUCGAUGCUGGCUGAAAUGGGUUGUGCCGUUUUUCCCUGCAGUGCCAGGACGUUUACUUGCUUUUGUGGGAUGUGGACUUUUAUUGACUUGGACCCAUUAUCUGAGUUUGCAGCUCCAUUGAGAAGUGAAGCACACUGGUUGCUAUGUGUGUAUUGCCUUAUCUCUCCCCAAGCCACUCUCUAUCUCCCCAUAAUUCCUACCUCUCUGAGCUUUCUGUGUCAUCCUUUUCUUUAUAAGGAGCUGUAGAUUAAAAAUAUUUACAGUUAACAUUUGUUUCCUUUGCUGUACUCUGUGAUGUUAAUGGUGAAAACCAACUCCUCUGCUUGAUGAGCUGUCUCUUAAAUCUUGACCUGGAAAAGACAACUAUUGAAAAAUAUAAAUGUGUGGGACACUAGUAGAUACACUUCCUUAUGGCUGUAGCAGCCCAGGUAAAAUUCUGAUCUCCAGUGUUGUGUGGCGUUUACAUCUACUUGCAAUUGCUUGGGUUUCGUUUGGGCAUUCAGAUUUUCUCCUGUGUUCUGAAAAUGUGUGGGUUGGUAGGUUAAUUGGUGUCAAAAGGUUAUCCCUCGUGUGUAGGUGAAUGGGAGAAUCAAUGUAGUAGGGCUGGUUUAUGGGAGUGUGUGGUGAUAAGAUGGGUUAGGUUAGGAUUAAUGCAACAAUGGAUGCCUGGUGAUUUGCAUAGAUUCGAUGAGCCAAAGACCCUGUUCCUGUGCUCUAUCUCCUAAAUGAAAAACUCUUACAUCCCAGGGACAGCUGUGUAUUUGAUAACCAAUGACGUACUUUACUAGUGCAGUCCUUGUUGAAAUCUAUAAAAUACACUAACUUUUCAUAGACUAGAAUCAUAGAAAAUUUCUACUGUAGGCCGCCAGGUGCAACAUAGUAAAUGUGCUGGUCAAAAAGAGCUGGUUCAGCAUAACCAUCUUUAGACACUAUGUCCGUAGCUCUGCAGGCCACAUCAUGGUACUGUUCAAAAGUUUAUUUUCUGCCUGUACCACCUUUUCAGGCAGUAACUGUCAGACACAUACCACACUCUGAAUGAUAGGAUGUUUACUCAUCUCCCCUCUCAACAUACCAAUUACUUUAAAUCUGUAGCUCUUGCUUUUACACCCCUCUGCUAUUGAAAAUAGAUCCUUUCUAUUCACUAUGCCUAGGCCCUUAUUAAUUUUCAAUACCUUGGCCAUCACUGUUGCACAGAAAGUCAGUCUGCCUCUUUCCAACAAAGCUGCAUUGUUUCUGUCCUGGCAACAUCUUCAUAAAUCUCCACUACAAAUUCUCCAGAGCAAUUUUCUGCGAUGGCAUAUGCAGAAGUAAAGCUUCGUGUUGUAUGCAGUUCCAGCAUCUCCUCCUUGCUAAUAAGAAGUUUCUUUUUCAGUUAUGUUAUUGACCUGUCCUGCUAAUUUUAAAGAUAUGGAUGCAUAAACCCUGGGGUUCUCAUUAAGAACACUCAAUGUCAGUAAGAGCAAGGAAUUGAUUGUGGAUUUUCAGAAGGGGAAGAUGGGAGAACAACAUACUAGCCCUCAUCAAGGUCUGCAAUGGAAAGGGUGAACAGCUUCAGGUUUCUGGGUGCCCGCAUCUCUGAGGAUCUAUCCGGGGCCACACUAAUGCAAUUAUGAGGUAGGCACAGCAGCAGGUACAUUUCAUUUGGAGUUUGAGGAGAUUUGUUAUGUCACCAAAGACACGUGCAAAUUUCUACUGAUGCGCCAUGGAGAGCAUUCUGUCUGGCUGGCUGCAUGACUGCCUGAUACGGAGGCUCCCGUGCGCAGGAUCAGAAAAAAAAAUUGUAUAGGGUUGUAAACUAAGCCAGUUCCAACAUGGCCACCAUCGAGGAUGCCUUCAAAAGGCAAUGUCUCAACAAGGCGCCAUCCAGGACGGACCCUUUUCUCAUUACUACAAUCAGAGAGGAGUACAGGAGCCUGAAGAUACACACUCAACAUUUUAAGAAUAGCUUCCCCUCUCUGCCAUCAGAUUACUGAACUGUCUGUGAACACGACCUCACUGUAUUGUUCUCAUUUUUUUCACUACUUAUUUUUUAUCAUUCUAACUUAAGGUAAUUGUUAAUGAAUUGUACUGUACUGCUGCUAAACAACAAUGGAAAACUGCCAAAAUGUGAGAAUGUACAGAAAUAGAAUUAUGAACAGACAAUGCAGGAAAUAAAGAAACAAGCUGAACCAGCAUUCCAGGAUAUUCUUCAGCUCCACAAAUGCUGUGUGUCUUGCAGAGUGUUUCCAACAAUAUCUUUUAAUUGCUGAUUUCCAGCAGCUGCAGUCAUUUUGCUUUUAAUUAUUACAGAAAUUAAAUCCAGGUAACAAAAUACCUCUGCACCUCAAUGCAGAUUUAGAGAUACAGCAUGCCAACAGGCCUUUCUAUCCCACCGAGACUACAUCGCCCAAUUAACCUACUAACGUGCAUAUCUUUGGAAACCAGAGCACCUGGAGGAAACCCAUGCAGCCACAGGGAGAACGUACAAGCUCCUUACAGAGAACGACGGGUAAGUAAUAGUGUUAUGCUAACCAUUAUGCUACUGUCCCACCCCUCUGAGGACCUCUUGAUGCAACUUGAGUUCUAAAACUGGUUUCAAGUUCAUCUCGUUAAUAACCUCUUAUUUAGGGAGAAGAAGAUAAAUGACAAACCAGUUUCUUGGAAGAAAUUGAUUCAUUUACAAAUUUGAUGCAUGUUCUCUGGACCUGUGACUGGGGCAUCUUGGUUUGGCUUUAUACCUAGUAAGGAACAGCAGAGUUGUGGUUAAAUUAUGGACUAGUAAUCCAAAGCUCUUGGUAGAUAAUCAAAUUGCACAAUGAUUGUUGUAGAAGUUACACUGAAUAACCAUGGAAUAAAUCAGAAUAUUCUCAUUAAUGGUUACUAAAUCUUUAAGAAGGUUGGAAAUCUGCUGUGUUUGCCCAUCUGCUUUAUAUGCUUUCAAAUUGGUAGCAAUAUACACUCAGUGGCCACCUUAUUAGGUACACCAGUUCAUUUAUGCAAAUAUCUGAUCAACCAAUCACAUGGCAGCAACUCAAUGCAUGAAAGCAUGCCAACAUGGUCAAGAGUCCAAACAGCAGAAUAGGGAAGAAAUGUGAUCUAAGUGAUUUGAACCAUGGAAUGAUUGUUGGUGCCAGGCAGGGUGGUUUGAGUCUCUCAGAGUCUGCUGGACUCCAGGGGUUUUCACGCACAGCAGUCUCUAGAGUUUACAGAAUCUGGUGCAAAAAACAUCCAGUGAGUGACAGUUCUAUAGACGAAAAUGCCUUAUUAAUGAGAGGUCAGAGGAAAAUGGUCAGACUGCUCCAAACUGACAGGAAAGCCAACAGUAACUUAAUCACGUGUUACAACUCAAUGCACAGUACGCCAAACCUUGAAGUGGGUAGGCUACAGCAGCAGAAGAAUACACCAGGAUCCACUCCAAUACAUAAUACAGUGGCCACUGAGUGUAGUUGAUGGUUAACCAGCUUCAGCAAGCUAAUCAAUUGCAUCAAAAUUGCUACAUGAAUCAAGAAUUUAGUGGAGGGAACAAAGAGAAUGUGGUAUGGUAAACCCCAUCAGAUAACAGUGACACCUGGACCAAGGGAGGGCGGUAAAGGCAGCUGGACCUUGGGAGGUGUAAACAGAAGAAGACAAGGCUAGAACAAUGGAAUAUAGAAUACACCUUUCCUUGGAAAUUUUGAAAGAAAUGAGAAUGGUGAAGAGCCAAGGCAGCAUCUGUGGAAUGAAGCAAACUGUAUAACAAGUUGAUGCCUUUACUUCAGGCCUGGCCAGUUCUGCCACAGAAAGUAAGGACUGGUUAUUGCUGGUCCCCAUCAUUACUGGGAGAAGUUUAGCAAAGAACUUUCUGCCUGUUGGCAAGACUAUCUCCACAGUUCACGUAGAUGGUUCACUGGCGCCGUCUAAAGGUAGGUUACAGAUGGAUCACAAAUGCUGAUCCUAUUAGUGAUGCCCUGAUCUGGAAAGUAAAAUAGAUCAAGAAAUUCGUGAAAUUUUGAAUUCAGCACUGAAUCCCAAGGAUAGUCACCAGCCUAGUCUUUUUCCACACAUAAGCUUUCAGCCCCGUUCUCCUACCCAGAGAAAGGAUAGGGUCUUUCUUGUCCUCUCCUAUCUCAUAAGCCUCCACAUUCAUUAUACCAUGCUCCAUAAUUUCCUCCACAUUCAAUGAGGUACCAGCAGCAGACAUGUGUUCCUCUUUCCAGGGACAAUUCCUCUCCAGUUCCUUGCUUCACACUUUCAUCUUCACCAAUGUGAUAUUUCCCCAUACAAUUGCAAGAGAAGCAACAUGUGCCAUUUUAUCUCUUCCCUUCACACUUUACAGGGACCCAAACUCUCCUUCCAACCAAAGCAAUAAUUCACUUGCACUUCUUCCAUUUGCAUUAUAUUGCAUUUGUACUCAUCAUGUGGUGUCCUCUAUACUGGAAAAAAUAAAUCACUUUGCAGAAUGCCUCUGCUGUUAUAAUGAUACAGGGUCCAUGUAUCAUUAUAAUGAUCCAUUGGGUCCAUGUCAUUUCCCAUGAUGGCGAUCCUGGUGGCCCCUUCCUUUCUCCUGUGUCCCUGUAAACCUGCAACAACUUCCCUUUGCUACUUUGUUUUGCUUUUAACAUGGAGUUAAAGUAACCGGAAAGAAAAUAACUGAAUGAUAGAACAAUCACGAGGGAUGAAAGUACUUUUGACCCGUGGUCUUUCUUUGCUGUAUUAGUAUUGUUAGAUAAGCAAGUAUAAGAAAUGACUUAUCAAUAUCUUAAUAUGAAAUUCAUACUUGUACUUUUAUUCCUUUCAGCAAAUUCAUAUGCAAGCACUCUUGAUAUAUCGGUCAUCCUGAAUUUGGUGCCUGCAGUCCCCAUCACCUGAACUUUUUCCUGGAUGUAGAGAGCUAACCCUUCGCACCUAAGAACCAGAAAACUGCAACAAAUUGAGUUCAGGCAAGCCCCAUCCCCGGGAAUAACCAGCUUUUAUCAAAACCUUCCCAAUAACCUUUAAGUCAAUGAUAUUUAAAUAAUUAAAUAACAAGUAUACAAAUGUAAUUAAAACACAUUUGGAUAUAAACGGUUAAAACAUUAAAUCAUUCAAAUAAAGUGAUCAUUCAAGCACCUCUAGCUUUCCACAGGAGUGGGAACCACAUUCAAAAGAAUGAGAUCACCAUUUAAAUGUAACAGGUGGGUCCAGUAGCAGAGCAGAAGUUUCCUAAGCAGAAGGUUCCAAUAACUGCUUUCACCACUGACACACUGUUCUUGUGGUUACUAGUUGGUGGGCUGUUUCUCCAGGAUCUGUAAAACAGACAGGAGGAGGCUUGUGCUAGCUAUUUUGUUCAAUAAGAUUAUGGCUGAUGUUUUACCCCUGCUUUUCUCCACUAACCCCAUAUCCCUUGAAUUCCUUUGUAUUCGAAAGCCUUAAUAAGCUCAUUUUCUGAGCUUGGAAUUAGUAGAGAAUUCCACUGAUACAUAACCCUUUUUUUGUCCUGAAUGCCUGACUUUUUAUUCUGUGACUUGAAGCCUGAUUCUAGAGAUCCUAAGCUUUAUUGUACGAGUAUUUGAGUAAACAUAGGACCACACCUGGAGUAUUGUGUACUUGCUGUGGAAGAUGCACAGGCUAGUUCCUGAGAUGGCAGGUCUGACAUACGAGAAAAGAUUGAGUAGGCCAGGUGUCUGUUCUCUGGAGUUUAGAAGAAUGAGAGAUGACCUCAUUGAAACUCAUUAAAUUCUGAGACAGCUUGACAGGGUGGAUAUGCGGAAGAUGCUUCUCCCAGCUGCUGAGACAGAUCCCGGUUGUAGUCUCACAUUAACAGCAAGACUAUUGAAAUAUAUUCAUUCAAAGGGCUGUGGACUUCCCUACCCAGAGUAAGCCAGCGGCUCAGUCAUUUAUUUCAUUCAAAGUGAAGGUCAGUAGAUUUCAGGGUAUUAGAAGAAUUGAGGAAAAUAGGGAUGAAGCAAGAAAAUGGUGUUGCACAGUAGAGGAGGCUCUGGUCUUCUCCUGUUCUUAUACUUGUUGGAUUAUCAUUACUGUCCUCACCCUAUUAAGUGCCAUAGGAAUUUUAUAGGUUUCAAUGAGAUCAUCUCACAUUCUUUGAAAACCAGAGAGUCCUUAUCAAACCCCCAUGCUCUCUGAAGAUCUGUUAUAUUCUAUCACAGGUCCAUCAUACAGAGCAAACAACCUGUAUGUAAUAUUCCAAUUGUUGUCUCAACAGGGCCUUGUAUAAUUGCAACAGGAAAGCUUUACUCAUGUACUCAACUCCUCUUGUAAUAAAGGCUAAUGUACAAUUUUCCUUCCUAACAGCUUCCAGUAACUACACAUUACUUUUCAGAUAUUCAAGUGCACACAGGUCGCUUUAAAUCUCUCACAAUGAAG